GCCACCCUCUCGCGCGAUGAGACUUGUGAUGUCGGGAUUAGCUGGCCGGCAGGAGCCAAGGAGCUGGACACUAACGGCGUUACGGGACGUUUAAGCAGCGAUCCGGGACUGCAGGCUGUGUUAAGAAAGGCGGGUUUGGACAGCGGGACUGUUGGGCGGUAUGCUUAAUGGUUCAGUGUACAGGGGGUGGCUUUUGAUCAUUGUCAUAUCGGUGUAUGGUCUCUCCAGAGCUUCAUGGAACAUGAGACCUGCAAGUAACAAUAUUUGUUAAUGUCUGGUUCUUGGAACCCACCAAAGGAGUUUUUGCUGAGACAAAGUUGGGAGGGGGUGAGGCUUUCUGCCUUGUCCUCCUCCUCCCUGGGGAGCAGUCCUUCCUGUCCUCGGACCCCACACCUAGUGAGUGGAUGUGGGUUUGUCAUGAGUCCGGCCGGCUGCUCCCAUGUGAACAGCUUUAAGGUGGAGAAUUGGAAGCAAAACCUGCGAGUUAUUUACCAGUGCUUUGUGUGGAGUGGGACUCCAGAAACCAGGAAGAGGAAGGCUAAAUCGUGCAUCUGUCAUAUGUGUGGAGCUCACUUGAACAGACUUCACUCUUGUCUCUACUGUGUUUUCUUUGGCUGCUUUACAAAGAAACAUAUUCACGAACACGCAAAAAAUAAGAGGCACAAUCUGGCUAUAGAUCUAUUGUAUGGGGGUAUAUACUGCUUUAUGUGUCAAGAUUAUAUAUAUGACAAAGAUAUGGAGCAAGUUGCCAAAGAAGAACAACGUAAAGCUUGGAAAUUGCAAGCUUUCUCCCCAGCACUGGUUUCUCCAUACCAGUAUGCAAUGACUGGAGUUGGAGAAAAGUAUUCAACGUGGGAGCCAACAAAGCGGGAACUAGAGCUGUUACAGCAUAACCCCAAGAGAAGAAAAAUUACGACAAAUUGUACUAUAGGUUUGCGAGGUUUAAUUAAUCUUGGGAACACAUGUUUUAUGAACUGUAUUGUCCAGGCACUUACCCACACUCCCUUGCUGCGCGAUUUCUUCCUUUCGGACAGACAUAAAUGUGAAAUGCAAAGCCCCAACUCUUGCCUUGUUUGUGAAAUGUCUACGCUCUUUCAGGAGUUUUACUCUGGACAUCGUUCUCCUCACAUUCCGUAUAGGUUACUGCACCUUGUAUGGACACAUGCACGACAUUUAGCAGGGUACGAGCAGCAAGAUGCACAUGAGUUCCUCAUUGCUGCUUUAGAUGUUCUUCACAGACAUUGCAAAGGUGAUGAUAAUGGAAAAAAGGCCAACAAUCCAAACCACUGUAACUGUAUCAUAGACCAAAUCUUCACAGGAGGCCUACAGUCAGAUGUAACCUGUCAAGUGUGCCAUGGGGUCUCUACUACUAUAGAUCCAUUUUGGGAUAUCAGCUUAGAUCUGCCAGGUUCUUCGACUCCAUUCUGGCCUCUGAGCCCAGGAAGUGAUUCUGCUGUGGUUAAUGGGGAAAGUCAUGUGUCAGGAACAACAACACUCACAGACUGUCUCAGGAGGUUUACACGACCAGAGCAUCUAGGAAGUAGUGCCAAAAUCAAAUGCAGUGGUUGCCAUAGUUACCAGGAAUCUACUAAACAGCUGACCAUGAAGAAAUUGCCUAUUGUGGCUUGUUUUCAUCUCAAACGAUUUGAGCAUUCGGCUAAACUGAGGCGGAAGAUUACAACAUACGUGUCAUUCCCGUUGGAGCUGGACAUGACGCCAUUUAUGGCCUCAAGUAAAGAGAGCCGAAUGAAUGGACAGUAUCAGCAACCAUCUGAUAGUUUACACAAUGACAAUAAGUAUUCCUUGUUUGCAGUAGUUAAUCACCAAGGAACCUUGGAGAGUGGACAUUACACAAGCUUCAUCAGGCAACACAAGGACCAGUGGUUCAAAUGUGAUGAUGCAAUUAUCACCAAGGCUAGCAUUAAAGAUGUUCUAGACAGUGAAGGGUAUUUGCUUUUCUAUCACAAGCAGUUUCUGGAGUAUGAGUAACUUAAUCAGAGUUUUUCUGAAUUACCUGUAUAGAAUGAUAUCAAACAAGAAGCCUUCUGCUAUGACACAAAUCUACCUGAAAUGUACACACAAACCAGAUAUACACCGGAGCAAUGUCGCUAUCACACUUGCCAAUGCUGGCUCUUGAACUGGUGGAGCAACUAUUAAGGCAAAUGGGGAGCUGCAGAAGUGUGGAGGGAUACUCAAACUCUGGCACUAAACAUCUUUCAUUGUGUUUCUGGGAUGUUGUGUGGGAAGGCUGGGAGGGGGGAAGAUCACAUCUCCAAAUAUAGUCAUCCUUUCCAUUGGUGCUUGAGCUUCAAAGGAGGAAUAACUUGACAGUACAUAUCAUGAUCAAGCGAAGCCAAUAAGUGGAUUAGCGUGGUGGGACUGUUAAACGGUUACAUAAAGGGAGAUUCCAGGAUGGUGUCCUCCAAAACAGUUAUAAAUGGCAAGAGAGAACUUUGCAAUUAUCUUUAUUUGUGAAUUUUCGUUAUGAAAUAAAUACAGUAUGAAAUUAUUAUGGUCUGUGUUUAUCAGCCACCAAUUGAAAAUCCUGGAUUGUGGACCAAUUCAACAAACACUGAGACCAAUUUUCAGUAUAAAUGUUUUCAUUUUAAAUGCCCCUGAAAACCAGAACAUGGAUUUUUUCCCCCCACAGAUUGAUUUUAAUUUUGUCCGUCAUCGAAUAGCAAUUUUAUUUUGUGUGUUCAUGAAAAUUAACUUCAUUAUUGCAGCCAUGAGUAAAAGGAAAGGUAUAACAAAUGGA